AUCCCGGGAUGGCGCUGGUUCGAGCCCUGUCGACGGCCGCGCUGCGGUCGAUCCACCCAACGGCCGAGGUCCACGCCACCGCCGUGCUGGCGCCGUUCACGGUCGUCGGAGCGCACGCAGUGAUUGCGGCCAACUGCAACAUUGGGCCUGGCACGAUCGUCGGUGACAACGUCGUUGUCGAGAGCGACACGACCAUCGGAGCCAAUGCAACGCUGCUCAAUUGCAACAUUGGCAAGCGCAACGUCAUCCACGCUGGCGUGCGCAUUGGGCAGGACGGCUUUGGCUUUGAGCUCGAUGCGACGGGCGCCGGCCACCACUUGAAGAAGCCGCAAGAACUCCGUGUCGAGAUCCACGACGAUGUCGAAAUCGGGGCCAACUGCACCAUCGACCGCGGAAGCUGGCGCAACACCGUCAUCGGGCGCGGCUGCAAACUCGACAACCUGAUCCAAAUCGCCCACAACGUGCAGAUUGGGCCGGGCAGCGUCUUUGCGGCGCAAGUGGGCAUUGCGGGCAGCACGACGAUUGGCAAGAACGUCGUCGCCGGCGGCCAAGUCGGGAUUGCCCAGCACCUCACGAUUGGCGACAACGUCCGCAUCGCUGGCAAGAGCGGUGUCAUGCACAACCUCUCGGGCAACGCCGCCUACGGUGGCGUGCCCGCCGUGCCCAUCAUGGAGUUUCGCCGCCAAAUGAGCCACAUCCGCGACAUGGGCCGCAAGCCGACCGCGCCGUAGUCAUCGCACAUAGAUGCGGCCGCUACCACCCGUUGCCAACACGACGUGUUUCGC